CUGCAGUUGAGCAUCAUGGCCAGGCCCAAUAUCCAGCGUGCCUGUAUUGGGGAAAAUCGAUAAUGAAAUCGCGAGCCUGCUAACGGGAUAUGGUCAAGUAUCGUCACCUUACACCUAGAAGUUCUUGUCGGUUGAGCUAGCAGUAUUAACUGUGGUGCUUCCUUCAGUGUUACAUACGCCUCAUACCAACACCAGAUCCAUUAUAACACCACAACAUCAACAGCGCUUGCGUACGACACGGCCUCCUUCAAAAGCGGCACGUAUUCCAAUCCAGCUUUCGAUCAACUCUCCAUCAUCUAUCCUUAACUCUUCCACGAGCCCGAAUCACCGAACUACAUCAAUACCUCGUAUAAUCAAUCAAGAUGUUCUUCUCAACGCUCCUCCUCGCCGGUCUUGUCUCCCUUACGGUUGCACUCCCGACUUCAAGCAGCAUCGAAUCCCGUGCCGGCGGCCCUAUAGCGAGGCCCAUCCCCUCCACCUGCACCGUCACAAACCCUCUCCCGACUGCAGAAUCCUCAAUGACGUAUCAGCCCGGGCCCUCCACAGCCGGCGCUCUAAUGUACUACGCUUAUUAUUCAUCGUACACGACAAGCACAACCCAGAUGCAGCAACAGUGUUUUGAGCAGUGCUAUGGGUUCGGCGACAGCACCCAAUGCAAGACAGCAUACUGGGCCCAAAACUUGACGGUACCAGCUGGGUACUACGGAUCUCCAGGUGGAAACCUAGAGAUAGGGUGUCUGUUCUUUAAUAGGACGCUUACGACCGGAGAUUUUGAGGCUGCCCUAGCGGGUCAGGCUGUGGGUGCGUAUGCUGGAAAUAUCCAGUGCUAGUGAGGAUGCGUUGGGAGGUUCGGAUGGUAAUGCGACGGUAGUAGUGGGAUAAUGGCUGCAUUUUGGAGUUUGGUGAUUAUCUUUCUGAAUGGUGUAAUUGUCGGUAUAUCACGGUAAUGGGUCUACAUUGCGGCAGAGGCGUCUUUGAGUUAAUAGUAGUACACUUAAAGCAACAGCAUAUCAC